AUGGACGUGACGCGCGCGUGUCGCUGCUGCCUGCGGUGUGCUCCGGACAAGGACCUGACGACGCCGUACACACAUCUCGGCAAAACGGAGAUAUAUGCCGACAUUAUCAAGGAGAGCUUUGAUAUACAUCUGGUACUAGGCGGCUCGGGCUCGUGCGGCAUCUGCUCGGCGUGCGUGGGCCGCCUGCGAGACGCGAGCGACUUCAAGCUGCAAGUGCAGCGCAGCCAGGCGGAGCUGCAGGCACUGCUUGUUAAAGCAGAGUUUGCGGUCAAACAUGAGCAGGUUGAUGACGGCGCGGAUGAUGAUUCUGUGUUCAAUGUGUUAUUGGAGUCUGCGGUCAAACCUGAGCUGGCUGAUGAUUCUGUGUUCAAUGUGUUAUAUGAGGAGCCCGUACUGGUGGAUCAGCCGAAGGUCGGCGAGGAGAAGAGCAAGGAACUCAUGGAUGUAGACCCCCUCGUCAAGUCGGAGACGGAUGAUGCGAUGAGUGACGGCGGCUCGUCAGCGGCGGUGUGUUUGGACGGCAGCGCCGCGCGCGCCAGGGAACACCGAGCGAUGGCUUGUGUCGUGGUGCUCGAGCGCCUCCGCGGCGACGUGACUCUUCACAAUGAAGCCAACCCAUACGGCUGCGAACACUGUGGCAAACAUUUCGGAAACAAGAUUUUUUUAAGAAAACACAUAGAAAACACACACUUGUCCACCGGGCCAACAGCAUUUGCUUGUGAUUUUUGUAGUUCUACUUUUCAAACCAAAUUUCUUGUAAUCGAACACGUGAAAAGCGAACACGGUGUUACAAAUUUCAUGUGUGCUGAAUGUGAGUAUACAACAAGUUCCAAGAAAAGUUUGGUGACUCAUUUAAAGAGUCACUCAGUUAAGAACAAUUUUAAUUGUAGUCACUGUAGUUACACGAGUUCGUGUAAAAGUGAUUUAUACAAACACCAAACAAUACACAUGGCUGGAAAACCUUUUAUGUGUAGCGACUGUGAUUUCAAAUGCAAUCAGAAAUCAUAUUUACGAAGACACCGGAUGAUACACACUGGGGCAAAGCCAUAUAAGUGUAGUAAUUGCGUAUACAAGUGUAGUCGGAAGGAAAGAUUGCUAACACACCAGAGGAUACACACCAGAGAGAAGCCUUACAAAUGUAGUCAUUGCGACUACAAGUGCAGAGAUAGGUCAAGCUUACGUUAUCAUGAAAUGACACAUACUGGCAAGAUGCCUUUUCAGUGUAGCCACUGUGAUUACAAAUGCUGUCAGAAAUCAAGCUUACAACGUCACAUAAGAACACACACAGGAGAAAAGCCGUACAAAUGUAGUCAUUGUGACUACAAGUGCAGUCACAGUUCAAGCUUACGAAAUCACAAAACGACACAUACUGGCGAGAAGCCUUUUCAGUGUAGCCACUGUGAAUACAAAUGCAAUCGGAAAUCCCUUUUAAAAUUACACCUGAUGAUACAUACUGGGGCUAAGCCAUUCAAAUGUAGCUAUUGCGACUAUAGGUGUAGGCAGAAAGCAAACUUGUUUGUACACCAGAACAUACAUACCGGAGAGAAGCCGUACAAAUGUAGUGAUUGCGAUUACAAGUGCAGGACUAGUUCUAAGUUACGAAUACACGAAAGGACACACACUGGUGAGAAACCUUUCACAUGUAUUCAUUGUGAUUACAAAUUCAGUGAUAAAUCCAACCUACGACGUCAUCAGAAGACACAUACUGGGACGAAGCCUAAAAAGUAAUAAUUGCAACUAACAAGAGCAGCCUGAAACAGCACUUGCGAAGACACCUAAAAUAUAAUGGAGGACCGCAUCUCCAUAUAAA